AUGUUCGUUCUAGAGCAGCAUGUCAACUCCCUGUUUCGGCCUCCUCUUGCCUUGGCGGCCAUUGCAGCCGCAGCGAAGCUGGUCACGACCGCUUGGGUCAUGGACGAGCCUCUCUUGAAGAGCAGCGCAGCUCUGAACCAGGAGGUGCAUGGGCUGAGGACGAAAGUGCUUAGGCUACUGCUGCGGCUUUUGUUCUUGGCUCUGGCCUUGAGCCAGCUGCUGGAGGACUUCUUUUCGGCCACAGGCUAUCUGGGUCACUUGCAGGGCUUUCAGAAGAUGCAUGCUUUGGCCUUGAUGCUGGCCUUCAGUCCAAACACGGUGGCAGCAGUGGCUGGUACGUGGAUGAUUGAGGUGAAAAUGAGCUGGACUCAUCGGCUAUUCCUGCAGCCCGACAUGCUCGGCGUCAUCUCGGAUGCCAUAGCUCUUGUGUACUGGGGUGUGCUUGGCUUCGUCUAUGUCUUCCCGCUCUUCCUGUUUGGAACGACCCACGGCGUGCUGGGAUUCUGUGUGAUGUGCUAUGCCUUCACGUACGACCUCAUCACUUUCCCGUGGAGGCUGGUGACCGGACACAUGGCCGAGAUUUGGGUGGCAGUGCCUGUGAUCAUCGCCGGGGCUCUGCUGGCAAUGAUGUACGUGCUGGUGAUGAUGGGCUACUACUCCUUGGUGAAGUUCCGGUACCCGGACAUCGCGCAGAGUGCUCCUGCGGGAGGUGACAAAGAGAAGAUUUUCAAGGCUUUCAAGGCCUGCGAGCUGUUUUUGUGGGACGGGUCCACCCGUGUGCAUGUGGCGUUGCACACUUCUCGUAGCACCCUCAAUUCCCCCAAUAGAAACCUACUCUCCGUCGCCUCAUUGUCUCAAGUACAGCAUCUUCGAAAUAAGUGA